GUCGCUGGAGGGUUAAUCAGCUGAUUCGGAUCAAAUGAACCAAAAUAUCGUUUUUUCUCCGUUAAAACCCACUUAAAUCCCACUGACAGCCAGGGGGAUCCAGCUCGGACUGUGUUGACAUGCUCUGUUUGGGCCAGCAUCAUGGACAAGAUUUUGGAGGGGCUUGUCAGCUCCAAUCACUCUAUUCCAGUGAAGAGAGCCAUUGUGAAGAAGGUAGUGGAAGCGGCAGAGAAGGAGGUGACUGAAGAGCAGUGUCGUGCUCUGUUUACGCUCACCACGCGCCUCAUCCUGCUUGGUGAAGAUGCCUUUCAAAAGCAAACCGGCUCUCAGGUUCUUGAGGCUUAUGCUCGCUACCACCGCCCAGAGUUUGAGCACUUCUUCACUAAAGACUUUGUGCUCAGUCUGCUCCAGCAGGGCUACGGGCAGCUGGACCGCAAAGAUCCAGCUGUCAUUGACUACAUUCACUGCUGCCUGCGGCUGCUCAUCAGCUGUCCCUCAGUGCUGGAGAUCUUUGCAGUGAUCCAGGUGGAGGUCUUGAGGAUGGUGUGUGAACGGCCGGAGCCCUCCCUUUGUGCCCGCCUGAGCACUUUGCUGUCUGACUUUGUGCAGUGCAUCCCCAGGGAAAAGUCAGGCGUUUUGUUCUGCCAGCAGCUGGUGAGGACCAUCAGUUAUUUCCACUGCUUUGCCAGCCAAGAGCGAGAGUUGAGAGAGUAUGUAGGCCAGGUGACGAAAGUGAGCACACUGCUGCAGAACAUCUGGAAGGCUGACCCCGCCACAUUGUUGCCCUCGCUGCAGGAAGUGUUUGCCAUCAUCUCUUCAACAGAUCCUGCCUUUGACCCAUCCAUUGCACUUGCCAGCCUGGUCCAGCACAUCCCUGUUCAGAUGAUCACAGUGCUCAUCAAAAGUCUCACCACAGACCAGAAUGUGAAGGAUGCAAGCAUGACUAAAGCACUCUGCAGGAUGAUUGACUGGCUCUCUUGGCCUUUGGCUCAACAUGUUGACACGUGGGUCAUCGCUCUCCUGAAAGGACUGGCUGCUGUUCAGAAGUUCACCAUCCUCAUUGAUGUUACUCUGCUUAAAAUCGAACUGGUUUUCAGUCGUCUGUGGUACCCUAUUGUGCGGCAGGGGGCGCUAGCUGUGCUCUCCCACAUGCUGCUGAGUUUCCAGCAUUCUCCCGAGGCCUUCCAUUUGGUUGUUCCACAUGUUGUGCAUCUAGUGCAAUCCCUAAGAACAGAUGGCCUCCCCACCAGUAAAGUGUUCUUGCUGCAGUUCACGGAGCUAAUACACUGUAUGAUGUACCAGUACUCUGGUUUCCCUGACCUCUAUGAUCACAUACUUGAAGCCAUCAAGGAUCUCCCAAAACCUGUGGAGGAUAAAAUCAAGCUGGUGUUGAAUCAAAGUGCCUGGACAUCUCAAUCCAACUCAUUUGCGUCUGGUCUACUGAGGCAAGCUGGGAAGUCGGAGACAGGCAAGACAGGCCUGGUCAACCUGGGGAACACCUGCUACAUGAACAGCAUCAUCCAGACGCUUUUCAUGGCCACAGAUUUCAGGAGACAUGUUUUAUCAUUACAGCUAAAUGGUUCCAACACACUAAUGAAAAAACUUCAGCUCCUUUUUGCCUUCCUGGCACAUACUCAGAGGGCAGCAUAUGCUCCCAGGAACUUCUUGGAAGCCUCUCGACCUCCCUGGUUUAAUGCUGGCUCUCAACAGGACUGUUCCGAGUACCUCAGAUUUCUUCUGGACAGGUUACACGAAGAGGAGAAAACGCUUCAAGUCCUGGAAUCAGCCAAGCCUAUCACUGACACAAGCAGCAGAGAACCGACUAGCGUGACAUCUGCCGAGGAGCAGGAGGAGUCGCAUUUGACACCAGCAGAAACUAAAUCUGAGAACAACGGGCAGACUUUGAUCGAAAGAACGUUCGGCGGGAAGCUGGUCACAGGCAUCCGCUGCAUGCAGUGCAACUUUAUCUCCGAGAAAGAGGAGCCUUUCACAGACCUUUCUUUGGCCUUUUGUCCCUCCGCCACUUCUCAGGGCGGCCCUCAUAUCCAAGGCCCCUCAGAGGAGCCCAAGGUUCUUUGCCAGGGAUCCGUCAACGGCGGCAGCGAAGUUCCUGAGCCUGCGUCGGCCAGCACCACAGCGAGCAAUCCCCACUUUGUGCCAGUGACAAAUGAGCCUCCUCUCUCUGUGCCUGAUCUGGUGAACUACUUCCUGGCUCCCGAGAUCCUUGAUGAAGACAACGCCUAUUUCUGUGAGAAGUGUAGCUCCCUGCAGCGAGCGGAGAGGACCAUGAAGGUGGUGUCUGCACCCGAGUACUUAAUCCUGACGCUUCUGCGCUUCUCGUACGAUGCCAAAUGCCAUAUCCGCAGGAAGAUCCUGGAUAACGUCACCAUCCCAUCCUUCAUGGGGCUGCCUGUACAUGCCUCUUGCAUGCCUCAACACUGCUCCUCUUGUACCUCCUCUCCCCUGCAAGUGGACUCACCUGAGAGCAGUGAGAAUCUAGCCAAAAAACUCAAACCAUCACAAAGAGAUGAGGAGGAAGAGGAGAGGGCGAGGAUAGAUAUAGAAGAGAUCAGUAGCACGGGAGAGAUGUCUGUCCAGUCUGUGCCCUACGUGCUCAGUUCAGUGGUGAUGCAUUCAGGUAUAUCGUCCGAAAGUGGCCACUAUUACUCUUACGGUCGUAACAUCAGCGGGGCAGAUGGAGCACAGCAUUCCGCCAAUCACUUGGCCAUCAAAGAGGACCCAGGGAGCAACCCGGCCGAAUACGCCUGCUCUGCCCUCUCCAUUCCCUCUGAACAAGGUGCCACCGUAGCUGCUAGUGGCCCCGCGGCCAAGGACUGGCUGCUGUUCAAUGACAGCAGAGUGACAUUCACAUCUUUCCAGUCAGUGCAAAACAUUACUAACCGUUUCCCCAAGGACACGGCGUAUGUGCUCAUGUACAGAAGACAGGAGCUGCCAGGCCAGGAUGUGAAUGGAGGAGUGAUGGCUAAUGGAAUGAGGCUGAGCGCUGAGCCUCCCCUGCAAAAGGAACUACUGGACGCUAUUAUCAAGGACAAUAAGCUGUAUUUACAGGAACAGGAGCUCAACGCUCGGACCCAGGCCCUUCAGGCCCCGUCGUCCUCCUGCUCAUUCAGGCCCAACGGUUCAGAUGACAAUAACCCACCGGGGAGCUGCGGUCCGUCUGGUGGAGGCGGAGGAGGAGGAGGCGGAGGCUUCAAUACCAUUAGCAGACUGGUGUUCUGAGAGGGAGAGACAUGCUGCAGGAAAUCCAGACGAACUGGCAUUAGAAGUCCUGACCUGAUCGUACUGCAAACUGGUCUCUUGCGCCGUGUAUAUAGCACUGAAAUGACAUGAGAACUCACACAGAGCAUCAGCACUGAUCCUGACCCCAUAUUGGACUUUCCUUACAAGUCUUAUAAGUUUUGAUGAAAAGAGUUUUGCCAUAUGAUGUGGGGUUUUUUUUUUCAGUUAUUUUCUGCUGAUCUCAGCAUUGUGAUCUAGUAUUACUUCACAUCUAAAUAUGUGAGGUGGAUAACACUUUAUUGUUGCAAGUUUUUCUUUCUUAAAGAAAAUAAAUAUCAUCACCCUCUUAAACAAUAGCCAAAGUCGUUUUUUUUUUUUCAGGUUUUUCCCCCCAAAAAAACCAAAUAUAAAUAUUUGAUAUAUUACUUGAUAUACCAAGAGGGUAAAACAUCAUCUGUUACAUCACGGCUAAUUUACCAGAGAAGUCUGAGAAACACAUGAAUUCAGGAAUAUGUCAGUAUAACAAAAAAAAAUCUACAGUUAAUUUAAAAACAUAUUCUUCAGCUCAAGACGAGCUGUAUGUGUUACAGAAUAUAGUCAAGGACAUUCCCAUAUAUAUGGUUUGAGUAAUACUGGACAAACUGGCACACGCACCUGCAGAAUGUGCUGUUCACCAUAUGAAAAAGCUGAUUUUUAAGAUGGGCUGAUUCUUCUGAUUCAUCAUAUUUCUGAAAAAAUAGUGUACAAGCUUUGUUUUUUUCUGAUUUGCAUGAACAGUUUCUUCAUGGGCUGAGGGAUUGGAAUUUUCUAAAAUGUUUGAAUACUUUUGACGUGUGCUUUGUUUUCUAGUUUUACUAUCACAUGCAAUAAAUGUACAUAUGAUGUGAAAUGAUGUUUCUGGAUAAUUUGAAAUCCUGUUUAUGUACAUGGCACAUUUCCCACACGAACGUAUUCUCUACAUGUGAAGCUGUCGGCUCUUGCAUUGUUAGCUGGCUUCAUCGAUACACAACUAGA